CGAGAAUUUCACUCAGUCGUCGGCUAAACAGCGAUCAGGACACACACAUCUAGUCAGCGGAAGAAAUCAGCGCCCAGCACAGCCAAGAUGAUACCGCAAAGUGAGGGUCCCGCUUUAUUCGAAGAUUCCUACGCUGGGGAGCCCCAUUUCUCAGAAGACUCUGCCUGUGGCCAGAGUCGUUGUGGCAAAACCCAGACAGCCCUGGAGGUCUACCAAAGAAUACUCCAGCGCCUCGAGAGGCAAGAAGACACCACAAAAGCCCAUCAAAACGAUCUAAAGAGACAAAUUUGGAUUGCUAGCUUUACUGGAGGAACCAUACAAUAUCAUUGUUAAAGAUCUCAAAGAUACCGAAACUAGUUAAAUAAAAAUAUUGCUAUCUUUACAAUUUUAUAAUUUUUUUUCAUUAUAAGUAGGCUUUGGAUCCUUCUGCUGUUGUGUCAACUAUGCUUUGACCUAGCAGAACAUCAUUCGUAAUUCAGUUUCAAUACAGUAAACAUCAAAAUCUCCAGUAACAUUUUACAAAUACUUUUCAGUUUAGUAAACAAAAAAUUUUUAAGUGUGAAAUUUUACAUUGACAAUAUG